AGCUCACAUCUUAUUGUUAAAUUCAGUGUUUUUUGUGAACAUUACAUUACAUUUGGUUUGAGCAGGAUUGACCAAUAAUUCAUUAGUAGUAUAUCAUCUCUAAAACCAAUAACACUAUUUCAGUAAGAUCACGGGUGUUUUUGACUGUCUCUUCAUGGUUAUUGUAGUAUGGGCACUUUAUGCGAAAACAAGAUGAUCAUUUGGCUAAAAAACCCUGAGUUUGAAAGUAGAUAGUAAUGUGAGAAGGUGGAGGUAUAAAAUGCCAUGGACUGUGUUAAAGAGUAUGAAUGGAAGAUGAGGACACAUUGCAUUGACCCCAAAAAGAAGGUUUUACAAAGCUUCAAGAAAUUGCACAGAACUAGAAUGAAAGUCUUCGAAGGCGACGAACGUGCUUUAUUAGCGGCACGAAUAAAAAUAAAUGAAGAAUUUCGCAAAAACAAAAAUGUUCAAAAUGAAAACUCGAUUAAAGCGAUGAUUGCAUUUGGAGAGGAUAUAGAAAGGGAAUUAAGGACUCAAGUGAUUCAAGCCCGAGAAAUAAAACCAGGUGUUUAUGAAGCAAGAAUUACCGAUGACACUGUGAAAUUAGACAACAUACCUUUCAAUGAUCAUGCUAUAUUAGAAGAUGGGACAGAAGCACCACGACCAUGCUGUCAAGAUAAAACCAAAUAAUAGAUAUAUAAGGCUAGUUAAAACAAUACAAUCUUGAAUAGAACAGCAAAUGUAAUGUAAAAAAUAAAAAUAAACAGAAUGUGAUACAAAAUUAUUUUCAUUACGA